AAGAAAUACUAAAAUAUAAAUAGCUAUUCUUAAUUGAAAAUAAUAAUAAGUAUUCAAAUUACUAGUAUGUUUUGCCUUUUUAAUUAUUGAAAAAUAAACUAAUGAAAAAAAUCAUACUUAUUAUUGGACGGUUGAAAUAAUCAAGUUGGUGCUACUGGUGUUAUGCAUUUUGGCUUAUUUCAAUAUUAUUUGAUUUUCAUUUUUAUAAAGCUAAACUAAUCUAAAAAAGUUAAACAUAAACAAACGUUUAUAAUAAAUCUUAUUCUUGUAUCCAAUUUUAUCGUCAUGUCACGAUAUACAAUCAAUAUUUUUAAAAAUUACUUUAGUGCAAGAUAUGAAGUCCCCAGAAAAAGAAUCCAAACAACCGGAUUUUUUCGAAAUGUGUCUGGAGAACAAGGUAUAGCUACUUUUAAAGAAGUUAAAGAGGCAACAAAUAACCCUAACAUUAUUGUCAUUGAUGUGAGAGAGCCCUCAGAACUGAAACAGACAGGAGUUAUACCUGGUAGCAUUAAUAUUCCAUUGAAUCAGUUGGUUAAAGUAUUUAAAACCAUGAAUGAAGAACAGUUUAAAAAAAGUUUUGGGCGUCCAAAACCAUCUUUUGAUUUUCCUAUUAUUUUUACAUGUAAAUCAGGUAAUCGUGCAGGAAAAGCAACUGAACAAAUUCGUGGAUUAGGAUAUAAAAAGAGGAUGGCUAGAAUGGGAGGCAAAAAAUGGGAAAUAACUAACAAUAGGUGCUCAAAAGACAGUCUAGUGAAUAAAGUAGAAGACGCUUUUAAAAGUUUAAAGGAUGACGAAUUUCAAAAAGUAUAUGGACUUCCAAAACCGACAACUGAUUCUUCAAUUAUUUUUUCAUGCCUUUUAGGAAAGCGUUCUCAAAUCGCAUUAGAAACAAUUCAAAAAUUGGGAUUUAAAAAGGUUCGUAAUUUUAAAGGUGGAUGGCAGGAAUGGGAAGCAAAAACAAAUAAAAUCUAAAUACUUUAAUAAGUACCUAUUAAUUACACAUAUUACACUGAUGAUUAUAAUUAAAUGCAAACUAGAUUAUAACUUGGAUUUAUAAAAUAAAACAUUAAAUUAUUGUUCAUCUUUG